GCACGCACUGUCCACGCGGGAAUCCGUCGUUUAGUAGUUUAACAAUUAUUUUAAACAUACGAUAUUUAUUAUUAGCUUUAUAAUUAAUUUUAAUCAAACAUUGAAAUGUCAUCGUUCACGUUUGGAACACCGACGACCACCGCCAACACGAGUUUUUCCUUCGGGCAAAAACCUGCAACAGGUUUUAACCUAACAAGUACACCGUUUGGCUCGACGCCACCAGCUACGACGUUGAGUUUCGGAGCUACCGCGACUCCCGCGACGACAGCUGGUCUCAGUUUCGGAUUCAGCAGUACUCCCGCAUCAACGGCACAAACGCAGCCCAGCUUGUUGCUAGGCUCGAACACAACCGCGACGACGACUACAACAAGUUUAUUUCCAGCUCCUACUACCUCUGCACCUUUGUUCGGUGGCCUCAACUUCGGCACACCAGCAGCCAGUACUGGUUUGACGUUCGGUUCUACGGCUGCGACUACUGCUGGAAAUGUCAGCUUUGGUGCUCCAACUACUACGACCUCCCUUUUCGGAGGUACUGGUUUACUUGGGUCGAAGCCAGCAGGCAUGACUACGACCACCACGACUGCUACAAACAAAGGAUUAGGAGGAUUGGACAUAUCUCAAAGCAACAAAGGUCUCUCACAGGGAAACAUUCAUUCUGCUACGUCUAAAGAAAUCAUCUGGCCACCAGAAUUGUUACAGACGAUAGACAAAUUCAAAGAGUUUGUAAAGGAGCAGAAGGUACUCUCCUCGGAUAUAGCCAGGGGGUCUCCGAGACCGUUGAACAGAUGCGCGCAAGACACAGUGUCCCUGAUGGAACUGUUGACUACUCUGGCCGGAUCCGUUCAGCGGGAUCGUGCAGCCGCUGACAAAUUGAGGCAGGACACGGCGAGGGCGUUGCAGAAUGCUGAGAUAGCGCAGAGGACGCACGACACUCCGCCUGGAUUGCAAUACGAAAACACCGCGCCGUUAUUAUUCUUCAUGGAAUUGGUCGACAGCUUCGAACACGACUUGAUGCUGUUCAGGUCUCAGAUAGAAACCACCGAAAAACAUAUACAGACCAUGAUGACUCCUAAAACUCUAACGCCGCAAGAAUUAACGAUGGCGAUGAAUAAACUCCACGAAUCGCUCGUAGCAGUCGCCGGGAAGUUGCAAGGCGUUCACUCGAAAGUGCAGCAACAGAAGGAACAAUAUUUAAAUUUUCGAAAAUACGUUUUAAAAGACAAUACUAAUGUGUUUGACGACAUAAAGUCCGAUGGGAAAACCUCGAGGAGCAGUAUGCUAAAAGUUACCAGCGGCCCAACUCCAUUUAGUCCAGGAAACAAAUCUUUUCUCUCGUCGACAGUGAUGAACUUCAACAGACCCGGUAGCUACGAGACACGGAAUCCAUUAGUUUGGGGAAAUACGACACCGUCUGCUACUAAUGUUAAUCUAGGUUCAUCGUUCAAACCGCCGACCGCGGGUCUCUCGUUUAACGCGCCGUCGAAUUUCACCGCGCCAUUGGCCACCAGUGAAACGAGCUCGAGUUUUCAACUACAAAAACCUCCGAUCGGUAAUAAAAGGGGGAAACAUUGAACAAAACCAUUCUGUGUUCGUGUUUUUUAUUAGCAUUUAAUACUUUUAUGAUUUUUGUUAAUCUUUUCUGGUCGAAAAUAAUUCAAAUCAUGUUUGUGUCAUUUUCAUUCAAAUGUUAUUAUAUAUUUUUUUAUCAAUUUUUUCUGUUUAUUCCUUCGAUUAUAAGACAGAUUACCUAUAAUUAUAGUGAUAAUAGUGAAACAGUAUUGGGUUGGCCAAAAAGUGAUGAAAUUUCUAGAUUAAAAUAAUGACCAUACUUGUUAAUUGCAAAAGUUCUGGCAUUACUUAUUAGCCAACACAAAAUGGAUAUUUGGUAUGUGUUUAGUCAAUUUUAUUGUUAUAAAGUAAUAGUAUAAAAAUUUUUCAUUUA